AUGUCAACAUUUGAAGAUUUUUUGACCCAAUGUGAUGAAAUAACAUCCUUUGAGGAAAAUUUAAAGGAAACAGAUGCCUCAGGGUAUAACGAGUCAGCAAUCGAAGCUGAAAAGAAUGAGAUCCAGACUUUAUGGGUCGAUUGGAAAGAUGCCUAUAAGACAUGUAUUGCGGAUCCAGAAUGUAAUAAGAAAAAUAAGGAGAUACUUAAAACUAAAAAGAAGAUAGCUCAUGAGAGCUAUAUAAAAUGUAUUAACAUUCUGGGGGAAUGGAAGGAAAGGAUUAAAGUGGUUCCAACUACAUUUAACCAGAAAUCCUCUUCAUCGAUUUCAGUCCCACCGUGUGAUACGGAAGUUUUUCAAGGGGACUAUGUAUCUUGGCCUAGUUUUCGUGAUUUAUUCACAGCCAUAUACAUAAACAAUAAAAAACUUAGCUCGGUGGAAAAACUUUACCAUCUUUUCCAAAAGACCAGUGGUGAGGCGAGAGAAAUAAAUCGUAAUAUUCCCUUAACUGCUGAAGGUUUUACAAUCGCCUGGGACAAUUUAAAAAAUCAGUACGAGAAUAAGAGGAUUUUAAUAAAUACGCAAUUAAGAACAUUAUUUAAUUUGGCCCAUUGUGGGCAAGAAUCGGCAAGCAGCCUCAAGAAACUUCAAAGAGAUGUCACGAAUUGUAUAAGUGUCUUGGAGUUAUAUAAAAUAGAUGUGAAAUCCUGGGACCCAAUUUUUGUUUUUCAAUGCUCCAGUAAACUGCCAAAACUUACACUUUCUCUUUGGGAGCAAUCUCUGACACACAAAACAGAAAUGCCUCGUUGGGAGGAUUUAAAUAAAUUUCUGACGGAAAGAUUUCAGGCGUUAGAGAGUGUGUCAGACAUAACUGGCUCAAAUAGCAAUCAAUGUCAUCAAAGUUCUCGUCCAAAAUUUAACCAAUACGAUAAAUCGAGACAGUUCAAGGUUCAUCACACUAAGGUGGAUCAAAAUAAUUGCAAGUUGUGCAAAGGUAGUCAUACCAUAAAAUCUUGCCCAAAAUUUUUGAGUAUGGAUUUCAGAGGCAGAUUAAAUGCCGUAAAACGAGAAAAUAGGUGCAUAAAUUGUCUGGCCCAGGGUCAUAGAGCCGUGGACUGUAGAUCACAGAGCUGUUCAAAAUGUAAAGCAAAACAUCAUAUACUUUUACAUAAGGAAGUAAUUGCGCAAAAUAAUAGUGAAUCACAAAAUCUUGUUCAGGUGCCAACGUCGCAUGAAAAUUUAUCAUCUGGCCCAACAACUUCUGCUAGCGGUAGGAUCUUCCACACAUCAGCCACAAAAAGGACAAUGCUAGCUACAGCAUGUAUUAAUGUUUGGAAGGAUGGUGUUUCGUAUAAGAUUCGUGCCUUAAUAGACCCUUGCUCGGAUGAUACUUUCAUAUCUUCUCGGAUUCAAAAAAUGUUAAAGUUACCAACAAGUUCUGUCUCGGCGGACAUCUCUGGACUAGGUGGUGGGCAUUUGACAAACUGUUCUAAAAUAGCAUAUGUUUCAAUUAGUUCGACCAAGAAUGAUUCUUUUUCAAUGGAAUUAGAGGCCUUUGUGGUACCAGAAGUGACAGGAAAUAUUCCACUAGAGACAGUAUGUAUUGGAGAACUUCCAGAUUUAGAUUUAGCAGAUCAAAAGUUCUACCAAAGUGGUCCUGUUGAUAUGUUACUCGGAGGGAAUGUUUACCCUGCAAUAUUGCUUAGUGGGGUCAAAAAGAAUGUUCUUGGAUCCCUUUUAGCCCAAGAGACAGUUUUUGGGUGGAUAUUGACUGGCCCAGCGGGAAAGUUGGAAGAUGUUCAACGCGUAAGAGUUUCCCAUUGUACUAGAGUGUCAGUACAAGAUCAAUUGGCCAAGUUCUGGGAGAUUGAAGAGGUGCCUAAAAUACCUAUUGUCUCGUUGGACGAUAAAAAAUGUGAGGAAAUCUUUCUUUCUACAACAUGUCGAGGAUCUGAUGGAAGAUAUACAGUAGACUUGCCCUUUCGGUCUGAUUUAUCUUUCUCAUUUUCAUCGAAGUCGAGUCGAUAUAUAGCUCUCACUCAAUUUUUGCGCAACGAGAGAUCUCUUAUGCGGAAUCCAAGUCGCAAAGCUGAUUAUGAUAAUGUUAUCCUGGAAUAUUUGGCUCUGGGACAUAUGGAAAAACUUGAGGGGUUUACAAAUUAUCAGGAAUGCUAUUAUUUACCACAUCAUGGCGUUUUUAAGCCAGAUAGUGCCACGACAAAGUUGAGAGUCGUAUUUAAUGCUUCGUGUCCCUCAGUGAAUGGGAAAAGCUUAAAUGAUGCACUAUAUGUUGGACCUACACUUCAGAAAGAUAUCAUCUCAUUGGUUUUGAAUUGGCGCAUGUAUAAAUAUGUAUUCAAUGCGGAUAUAUCUAAAAUGUAUCGCCAAAUUUGGAUUAAUCCCAAACAUGCUAAAUAUCAGCGGAUAUUAUUUAGACCUUCCUCAGGGGAAGAAAUUACUGACUACCAGUUAAAAACUGUGACGUUUGGCGUCAAUUGCGCUCCUUAUUUGGCUCUUAGGACGCUCUUAAAACUGGCAGAUGACGAAGAAUAUCGAUUUCCGAUUGGCUCAAAAAUAUUACGGAAAAAUAUGUAUGUUGAUGACGCUUUGGUUGGCGUACAUAGUGUACGAGAUGGAUUGAAGGCCCGUGAAGAGCUUAUAAACAUUUUGAAGGCAGCUGGGUUUGAACUACGAAAAUGGACGUCCAACUCUAAGGAAAUUUUAGAUGGGCUUACUCGUACUCAUCUUUUAAAUGAAGAUUUCCUAGAAUUGGGUGACAAGAGUUCUGCGAAAACAUUGGGUAUUCGCUGGAAUGCUGUCUCUGAUAGCUUCUAUUUUGUUUUGGAGAAAAUAGAAGAAAGAAGUUCUUACACAAAAAGGCAAGUGUUAUCAAUAAUAGCCAAGAUUUUUGACCCUCUGGGAUGGCUGUCUCCAAUCGUGGUUACAGCAAAGAUUUUCAUGCAACAACUCUGGGUUGAUGAUAUUGGUUGGGACGAUCCAUUAAAACCCCUGUCUCUAAUGAAUUGGAAAAGUUUUGUCUCCAGUUCUAAGGGAAUUGAAGACAUCCGUAUUCCCCGAUGGGUGGACUAUUCUCCGGAUUGUAUGAUUGAAGUACAUGGGUUCUGUGAUUCAUCGGAAUCGGCAUAUGCAGCAACCUUAUACUUGAGGGUAGAGGUAAAUGGAAAUAUUUACUCGAACUUACUUGUGGGUAAAUCAAAAGUUGCACCUUUAAAAAAGAUGUCUCUGCCUCGUUUGGAGCUUUGCGGUGCUCUCCUUUUGGCCGAAUUAGUUGAUUCUGUUGUGCCCCAAUUGGAUAUUCCGAAGGCCCCUUUGUUAGCUUGGUCAGAUUCGACUAUUGUACUUUCAUGGCUCAAGAAACCUUCCUAUACAUGGACAACUUUCGUUGCUAAUAGGGUAGCAAUUAUACAAGAGAAGAUAGGUGACGUCUGGCAUCAUGUACCAACAAAGGAUAAUCCGGCAGAUCUGGCAACCCGGGGGCGGACUCCUUCAGAAUUGAAAGAGUGUGAGUUAUGGUGGUAUGGCCCAAGCUGGCUCAAGCAUGACAAGUCUGAAUGGCCCAUUGGGGCGGUGGUACCGGAAACAACCCUUGAGUCAAAAAUUAGUAAGGUUCAUCUUGCUCGAUCUGCCGUGGAGGAGGAUGUUUUGGAAAGGUUUUCUCGUCUUUCGACAGCAAUUCACGCUGUGACUUAUUGUUUUCGUUUCGUCUACCGAACCCAUCCCGGCAAGAGAAAAAUUGCUAGUUUCAAAAGUAUUAGCCUUUCGUCGGAGGAAAUUUGUUCCGCUCGAUAUCGUUUGAUGUCUCUGUCUCAGAGGAUUUACUUUCCCUCGGAAUUCGAUUGUCUUAUGAACAACAGGAAGUUGGAAUCUAACAGUCCGUUAGUAUCUCUGAAUCCCUUUUUGGAUAAGAAUCAACUCAUCCGAGCUAAUGGACGUCUGAGCUCCACACUGUCUCUGCCAUACAAUGAGAGGUAUCCAAUAAUUUUAGCAUAUCAGAGCAAAUUUGCCUCAUUAUAUGUGGAUCACGUACACCGACAGACAAACCACGGGGGUAUCCAGUUGACACUUGCUGCUACUCGACUCGAGUGUUGGAUCAUAAGAGGCAGAAACUUGGUAAAAGCAAAUUAUCGAAGAUGUACAAAGUGUGUCCUCGCUCAAAAGAAGCGACAACACCAACUGAUGGCUGCCCUCCCACCUGAGAGGACUACUUUUGGCAGACCUUUCUCUACAUCCGGAGUCGACUUCGCUGGCCCUGUUGAAAUAAAAACCUUUAAUGGCCGAGGGUGCCGUAUUUCGAAAGGUUACAUUUGUUUAUUCGUUUGUUUUGUCACCAAGGCUAUACAUUUGGAGCCUGUGAGCGACCUAUCUACUCCAGCAUUUAUCGCCGCCCUGUCUCGCUUUGUUGCCAGACGUGGUUGUCCACUCCAUAUUUACUCGGACAAUGGUAAAAAUUUCGUGGGUGCUGAUAGAGAGCUUAAGUCCCACUUCGCGAAAAUUGUCUCCGAAAUGAAGGACGAUGCAAUUACUCGGUACGGAUUUCAAAAGUUAGAGUGGCAUUUCAUACCUGCCUCGGCGCCUCACAUGGGUGGACUUUGGGAGGCAGGCGUCAAGAGUUGUAAAACCCACCUAAAGAAGAUAUCCGGUCAAAUCAGACAUACUUUUGAAGAGUUUUCCACUAUUCUGGCCGUCAUCGAAUCAUGUUUAAACUCAAGGCCUCUUACCCAAUUGUCCGACAAUAUUGACGACCUUAGUGCUCUGACUCCCGGACAUUUCCUCAUUGGUGGAUCUUUGUUAUCACCAGCUGAACCGGAGGAAGUCGAGAAUAAAACAUCCCUGCAGAACCGUUGGCGACGGGUGAAAUUGGUUUCACAGGAAUUCUGCAGACGUUGGAAGAUGGAGUAUCUUAAGGAGCUCCACAAGCGUACUAAGUGGAAGAAAUCUCAAGACAACUUACAAGUUAACGACUUAGUAGUGCUUCACAAGGAUUCAAUGGCUCCGAACGAGUGGAGACUGGGCCGUGUUGUAAAGUUGCACAAGGGUCAAGACGACCGAGUCAGAGUUGUAGAUUUGAGAACCCAAAAUGGUAUGAGCUUCAACGACGACUACAAGUGCCCACUGUGUGACACCCGUCAUUCGCUGCGUCAGUGCCGCUCAUUCCUCCACCUGCACCCGACACUUAAACUGAAUUAUGUGCGCAUUGAGGGAUUUUGUGUAAAUUGCCUGGGAAUGUCUCAUGAGGUGCGCCGUUGCCCAUUGAAGAAAGGCUGUCACACCUGCAAUUUGCCUCACCACACGCUGUUGCAUCCCCUGGAUACCCUGCGCAAGUCGUGGUUGAGCAUGACGGCAGAGGUGUACCUCUACAGCAAGGGGUUUGUAGACCCCGCGGUGAAGGUGCGAGUACUCUUAGAUCCUCGCGCUCAGGAUAGCACAAUACAUCUAGGGGGUCCCUUGCCAAAGUUCCGUGAGAUUCCUAAAUCGAUGAUCCAGGUGGUUUUGACGUCCACUACUAAUAGUGUGCGCACGUAUUCCACAGGGCUGCGCAAAAGCAUACGCGGUCGGCGUACGGAGCCUUUUGUCCCUCUUGAUCUGCGUUGCGUACGUCGCGUCUACUCCAAGAAGGAUGUGGCAGAUCCAAAUUUUGAGAAACCAGGAGAAAUAAGUGUGGUACUGGGACAAGAUGCCUCUCGUGGUAUUUACUUAGGGCUACCGUACCUAGAAGCUGGAUUGCCGUAUGCCCAAAACACAAUAUUUGGUUGGGUGUUUUUCGGAGAGGCACCACAAAAGCUUUAA